UUUAGUUUAAAAAUGGCAGAUCUCCUGUUCUUGAUCUGUGUUUAUUUUUUGUUAUUCACUCCUCCAGUUUACACCAUAGGGGACAAUUACAUCUUCAAUCCGAAUUAUACUUUCACCACAGCUUCGCUCUAUUUGGGAUGAGUAAUAAUGAACCAAUCACGAGGCCGGUUAUGGUAUAAAAUAACCAGCGAGGGUGACUUUAGUAUCGCAUGUGUACACUUGAUUUGAGAUUGAAAAGCAGUGGUAAGCAACGGAAGAACAAAACGAGAGUUUUCCCAGAACUUUGUUUAAAAUGACUUCCUUGGUUUUUGUCGACAAAGAAAAUGGAGAGUUUGCCACAACCCUGGUUCCUAAAAACCGCAUGAGAUUGUUGUCAGCUCCAGUUAAACUGGGAGAAAAGGUGCUUCAGGUUCCAGGCAAGGUGUUUGGUAUGGCCAACCCCCAGUCUGCUCGCAAGGCUUUGGGAACGAUCAAUCGGAUUGGCUUUACUAGACCUGGUGUUGCUGGGAACGAGGAGAAAUCCACAGCUGCAACAAAAACAACUGAAGUAAAAGUGGGCUUGUCUGUUAAAAAGCAAGAAGACUGUCCAGAAAUUGAAAGAUUCAUCCCGUAUAAUCCAGCUGAGUUUGAGUGCUUUGAUGUUCCUGACGAUCAAAGAUUAAGCCACCUGUGCUUGGCAGGAUUGGCAGCUCCAACACCAAAGGAAGAGGUGGACCGUUUUAGUGUAUUUCACACGUCUAUGAAAAUGUCCCCAUUGAAGUUCCUGGAAGAGAACUUCUGUGCUGAAGUGGACUCAUUCUUGCAGAUUGUUGGUGAACUAACUGUAGACUUGCCACCACUGGACAUGGAUUACUGAAGUUUUAAGACUGUUUUGCUUUUCUUUCCCCAGAAUAUUUGUA